AUUCUCGCUUUAAUGUACUAUAGUUUUAACUGGAACCUAUAGGAUGGGUUAUAUGUUUGAAAUUUUCCCAGGAGAAUAGCAGUGUAUUAGCCUUGUCUUUUCUUACUCACUUGGAAGGAUGAGGAAGACAAGGUUAUUAUUCCUUUACGAGACACCUUUAUACAAGGGCUGGAAGAUGCUAUUAAAGGGGUUAUAAAACAUUAGAAAUGGGUCAGGAGGAUAAUAAAAAUCAAAGUGGACUGAGGAAGGUGAUAGCCUUCAUGGCAGGACUGUCUCUCUACCAGCUUCCUUACCUCGCCCUAGCUGCCGCCAAGUACACCCUGGUAAGAUUUCAAAUACCAAAGAGCCAUCUGAGCUUGUACAUAAACCGGAUGAUUGUUGUCUUUAGGAUCCUCUCGCUAAUGGGAGUAACUAUAAUGACCAUUUAUUCCCAGUGUCAAGGAGGUGGGAAAAAGAAGAUAACUGCAGGACUCUUUAUAGCCUUUAGCUCAUGCUUUGUCUUCUUGUUUCUCAUCUACUGUGUUGGUGGAGAACAGGGACAUCUUACUCUCUACUACUGGGGAAUGCUGAUGGCCUCAUUUCUACUGGGCGCUGCCUUUACCACAAUUAUAGACAUUAUCACAGCAAACAUUCCCCUUUUCCUGCUUUCUCUGCCACUCACUGGUGUGUUUGUCUCUGCCUUUCACCUUACAUUAAUAUUCUUAUGGGAAUUAUUUGGACUCUCCAACAUCAACUACUGGCUCGUUGUAUGCCAGUUAAUCAUCGCCAUAUGCAUUACUAGCAUUAAUGCGCUAUUGUAUACCAUUGUGUAUUGGAGUGAAGAUGAUAAUAACGGUGGAGUAGGCGGUGAUAAUGAAGGCAGGAAUAAUGACGAAUUUUGUCUAGCCCUUAGCAAAGCUUGGUCACCCAUCUUGUUAAAUGCGCUGGGCUAUGGUAUUCACAAUGCCUUCUAUCCUGCAAUUGCUCCUUAUAAAUUGACUGACGUUGGAACCGGUUACAACAUCGACCUGGUGGUUCUCUUUACGAGUGCCCUGGCUCCCAUUACAAUUUUAAUUCUCAAGAGCAAGAACAUUGGACCAAAUGUGCAAUGGAUAGGAGUAAAUGCUAUAUGGCACGGGGCAUGGCUAUUCUUUUUAAUAGAGAUGACGUGCGCAGCCAUUUUCAUCUGUGGUCUUCAUUACCCAGAGUCAGCUAUGUCACGAGCAAUCAGGGGGAGUGCUGGGAGUAUUGGAUUUUUAACUGUACUAUACGAUUUCUGCGCACAAUCAGUAAGGAGUAUCUCUACAAACGGAGCUGACAUGCAGGGAGGCCAGGGAAAAAGUAACAGCGCAAUGAACACACUCAAUUCAUUUUUGCACUCGUUUACUCAGGUCAUCUUUGCAUUCCUUGGAGAUGGUUAUGUCAAGACCUACUCCAAGUAUGAACACAGUAGGGAAAGAUGGCCUACUAGUCAUUACACAAAUGCUCGAGCAUUCCGAUAUUGGAUUUGGACAGCCACAAAGGUAUCGUUUGGCAAUAUAGGAACUGCCUUUACCACGGACGUUAGAGGAGCAAUUCAGACAAAGAAGGAGUUUCUCUUUAUUGUCUAUUCUGAUGACAUUGAUAAUAGUAGCAAGCCUCCUAAGACGAAAAAUCCUACAGUAAUGAAGAUAGUUCACGAUAUAUAG